AUGGCGCCGCCCGCCGCCCGCCUCGCCCUGCUCUCCGCCGCGGCGCUCACGCUGGCGGCCCGGCCCGCGCCCAGCCCCGGCCUCGGUCCUGGACCCGAGUGUUUCACAGCCAAUGGUGCGGAUUAUAGGGGAACACAGAACUGGACAGCACUACAAGGCGGGAAGCCAUGUCUGUUUUGGAACGAGACUUUCCAGCAUCCAUACAACACUCUGAAAUACCCCAACGGGGAGGGGGGCCUGGGUGAGCACAACUAUUGCAGAAACCCAGAUGGAGACGUGAGCCCCUGGUGCUAUGUGGCAGAGCACGAGGAUGGUGUCUACUGGAAGUACUGUGAGAUACCUGCUUGCCAGAUGCCUGGAAACCUUGGCUGCUACAAGGAUCAUGGAAACCCACCUCCUCUAACUGGCACCAGUAAAACGUCUAACAAACUCACCAUACAAACUUGCAUCAGUUUUUGUCGGAGUCAGAGGUUCAAGUUUGCUGGGAUGGAGUCAGGCUAUGCUUGCUUCUGUGGAAACAAUCCUGAUUACUGGAAGUACGGGGAGGCAGCCAGUACUGAAUGCAACAGCGUCUGCUUCGGGGAUCACACCCAACCCUGUGGUGGCGAUGGCAGGAUCAUCCUCUUUGAUACUCUCGUCGGCGCCUGUGGUGGGAACUACUCAGCCAUGUCUUCUGUGGUCUAUUCCCCUGACUUCCCCGACACCUAUGCCACGGGGAGGGUCUGCUACUGGACCAUCCGGGUUCCGGGGGCCUCCCGCAUCCACUUCAGCUUCCCCCUAUUUGACAUCAGGGACUCGGCGGACAUGGUGGAGCUUCUGGAUGGCUACACCCACCGUGUCCUAGCCCGCUUCCACGGGAGGAACCGCCCACCUCUGUCCUUCAACGUCUCUCUGGACUUCGUCAUCUUGUAUUUCUUCUCUGAUCGCAUCAAUCAGGCCCAGGGAUUUGCUGUUUUAUACCAAGCCGUCAAGGAAGAACUGCCACGGGAGAGGCCCGCUGUCAACCAGACAGUGGCCGAGGUGAUCACAGAGCAGGCCAACCUCAGUGUCAGCGCUGCCCGGUCCUCCAAAGUCCUCUAUGUCAUCACCACCAGCCCCAGCCACCCACCUCAGACUGUCCCAGGUAGCAAUUCCUGGGCGCCACCCAUGGGGGCUGGAAGCCACAGAGUUGAAGGAUGGACAGUCUAUGGUCUGGCAACUCUCCUCAUCCUCACAGUCACAGCCAUUGUAGCAAAGAUACUUCUGCACGUCACAUUCAAAUCCCAUCGUGUUCCUGCUUCAGGGGACCUUCGGGAUUGUCAUCAACCUGGGACUUCGGGGGAAAUCUGGAGCAUUUUUUACAAGCCUUCCACUUCGAUUUCCAUCUUUAAGAAGAAACUCAAGGGUCAGAGUCAACAAGAUGACCGCAAUCCUCUUGUGAGUGACUAAAAACGCUGCUGUGCCUAGGACUUGAGGGCCCUCUUUGAGCUCAAGGCUGCUGGGGUCAACCCCUCCUGUGGUUCUUCUCUGACAGACUCUUCCCUGCCUCUCCCUCUGCCUCGGCCUCUUUGGGGGCGCCCUCCUACAAACUAGGAAGCGGCACCCUGCUGCCAGGGCAGGCAGAGCCUGGAUUCCUCCUGCUUCAUCAGUUGCACUUAGGAGAGAGA